AUGCGUGCUCGGCUCCUUGUGGCGUGUGUUUCCUUUGACUGUUUCCGCCGCUUUGCAUUUCUCUGCUUGUCGGCCAUGCAAUGUGCAAGUAAAAGCAUGUGGCAUCGUGUGCGGGUCCACGUGUUAGGCUCAACGGCGGCGCGGGCGGAGGCGGCACAACUGACAUCGAGCGUAGCCUUGAUGGAGCAGAAGGCGGGGCUUCGGAAUCUGCACCAAUACCCUACGGCCCGGCACAAAAGCUUGGUAAAAGACCGCAUCCGAUUUGCGAGGAACUGGUGGUUGACGGGCGGAAACAACUACGAAUUGGUGCACGAGCAGGGCCACGAGCGGGAGGCCACGGAGUGCUUCACAGAGUACGCCCAGGAUGCAAGCAACGACGUCUACCUCUUUUCAACUAACAGGUUGAGUGAUCUGCCGCCACGGGAUCGACUUAACGCUAUUGUUGGUUUGAUGACCGCCCGUUGGAAGGUUAAGGAUAACAACCGCGGAUUUGACAAGGCAAAGCUGCUUUUGCAGGCCCUGGAGUGCUUUAGCGAAAUGCGUCUCUCUGGGCAAAUUAAGGAAUUCGAGGAACUGCCAGAGCCCGAUCAGGAUACUUUUUUGCAGUACGUUGAGGGUUGUUCCCGGUUUGCGCAGGCGUGUUCGCAUUCGCACCCCAAUGCUGUUGCGAUUUUGUUGCGCGUGGCUCAAAUUUGCGAGGAAAUGCGGUGUGGUGGGAAGCGUGAUGAGAUGAUUCAUGUGGUGGAAGUGGCGGCGGACCGCAUGGACCGUGCGUAUGCCUUUACGCGCCCCCGUGACAAUUUGAAGCCAACGCCGCCGUCACUGAUGGAGAAUGAGGCGCAUGUGCGGAGGAAAAAUUUUGAAGAGCUAAAGAGGCGAUAUAGUGACAAGGCGCCCCAUGCGCUUGAGAAAAGGCAACCGACAGAGUACGUCCGCAUUCACCGCAACAAGCGACUCAACCUGCGCCCCAUGGAGAAGGGUAGAAGGGAGAUGGAGGUGUUGAAACUCCCCGCGCGACCCGAGUUCGAUGCCUGGACGGCGCUUCCAACUCGGUAG